CUCGAACCCACGAACCGCGAGAUCAUGACCUGAGCCCAAGUGGGAUGCCUAAGAGGUCGGAUGCUUAACCGACUGAGCUACCCAGGUGCCCCUCACACGUGUUUGUCUUACCCUUAUUAAUUGCCACCAGUAGUAGUUCUAUUGAUGUUCUAUUUAAUAACAUUUCUGUAAUAGAAAAGUAAACAAUACAGAAAGAUAAAUAAUUUCAAACACCUGUUUUUCAUAUUAUUAUGUUAAACUAAAAACACAAUUUAGAAUACAUUAUUAUGGUUUUGGGAGGUCUGGUAUGGCAGUGCCCUGGCUUGGCUCUCUGCUUCGGGCCUCAAGCGUCCGCCGAUAGCGAACACCUGAAUCCUCAACUCUGCCUUCCCAGGUGGGGUCAGGUACUUAUUCGCGUCCUUUGCGCCGCGACCGCAGCCCAUCAAACUCGCCCAGCCCCAUAAAAGGUCGGGUCGUCAGCUCAGCGGGAGCCUGCGCCUGCGCCAUCCGAGGACCGAUGGGAACUCCCCAGGCUCCCGGGGAGCGGGGUUGGGUGGUCCUUGUGGGCGGCGGGAACGCGUAGGUUUUACGAUUUUAGCGCGCCAGACCACGUUUCCCGCAGGCUACUGCGCUCAGGCCAAAGAAGCCUGGGAUUACACUUCCCGAAGGCCGCGGGGGCAACCUGGACCUCAGCCUUCCCCCCACCCCCCCACUGUUUCGUGCUUGUUGGCGCGGCAGAAAACCAGCACCCGGCCUCGUGGAGAGAGUUCUGCAGAGUCAGACCCGCCCACAGGGCAACGUGGACCUCAGUGAAGGGAAACAGUCGCCUUUUCUGACUGGUGUUCAUUAAUUCAUCGAGCAAAUUACGGAACAGGCCCUACGUGAUGAGUCUUUGCUAAAGGACUGUGAUGGAGCAGUGAAGAUGUGAAGCCUCGUGAAUUAUUGGAGCUCCUUUGUGUCAGUGGUUUGAAAUAUGUGGGUUUGCCAUCUCAGGGAUCAGUGACAUUCAGGGAUGUGGCCAUAGCCUUCUCUCAGCAGAAGUGGGAGAGUCUGAAUUCUGCUCAGAGGGACUUAUACAGAGAUGUGAUGUUGGAGAACUGUAGUAACUUGGUCUCACUGGCACCCUGUUUCAUUUGGAGGUUCCACCGAGAUUCUGUGACCACCCAAGAUUCGGAGGCUGAAGCGGAACAGCUAGGGGAGAGCUCUGAGAGACGUUCCUCAGCCCCGGCCUUCCGUUCUCAGACCUGGCUUAAAAGUAAGGUCUUACUGACUUCCGAGGAAAGGGCCCGAGUGCUCCGGGAAGCCACGAGAGCAGUCCUUGGCCCGGAUGGAAUGCCUACCACAGACCUUCGCAGAAUUGAGCGUGUUUUCCCUUCCGCACCGCCCCAGCGGGACCCUAACACGGAUAAUGGUAGGGAGCGUCUACUUCAGUAUCGCCAGAUUGUAACAGGGGCUUCGCGCAGCGGCCCAAAAGCCCACCCUUCUGACAAAAAGGGUCCAAGGACCGAAUGAGUCGCCUGCAGCCUUCCUUGAAAGGCUUUACCAGGCUUACCACUUAUAUUCUCCUAUUGACCCCGAGGCAACAGAGAACCGAAAAGCCAUUAACAUGGCUUUUGUUUCUCAGUCGGCCCCAGACAUCCAUAAAAACCUCCAAAAAUUAGAAGGAUUCGAAGGGAGGGUAAUUUCAGAGUUGGUAGAAAUAGCCCAGUGAGUUUUUCAGGGCAGGGACAGCCCUGCCAUUAUGCAGGGGAAGGAAAUAGGGAAAGUCCUCGUACCAGCCUGGGGAAAAACCCCAGGCAACAGCAAAGGACAGGGAAGGCCUCAACCCCGUCAGAAAGGACCCCGAGCAACAUUGGGAAAAAAUCAAUGUGCUUAUUGUAAGGAAGAAGGACAUUGGAAAGAUAAAUGCCCCAACAAAAAGCCUCCCAUCCUGGUCGCCCAAGAAUAAUGACGCCACCACAGCUCCCCUCUUUGCCUGAAUCCCCAGGAGCCUGUGGUUACCCUCAACGUAGAAGGGAAAGAACCCAGAUUCCUGGUUGACACUGGGGCUAUGUAUUCCAUUCUUAAAGAACCCUUAGGACCUGUGAUUAAAGAAAAGGUAUACAUUCAGGGAGCCACAGGACAAACGCAAGGCUACCCACGGACUCAUGCCCAAAUCACUGACCUAGCUCAUUCCUUUGUGCUCAUACCUGAUUGCCCAUUCUCCCCAUAUUCUGGGGAGAGAUCUGUUGCACAUGCUUAAGGCCCAAAUCUCCUUUACCGGAAAUUCUAUAGACUUGAACCUACCGCCACCUGCCAUUCUAGCUACCUGCCCUAUAUCAGAGGAGUAUCUACUCUUAGCAAAACCAGAGUGGAAAGCUUCUCCAUUAAUAGAAAAGUGGAAAGAGACAAUUCCUACAGUUUGGGCUGAAACUAACCCCCCUGGACUAGCCAUUCAACAAGCGCCGCUAGUUGCCACAGCCACCCCCAUCCGGGUGAGGCAAUAUCCAUCCCAUCAGCCAGCAAGCGAGGGAGGGAAUUGCCAAACACAUCAACCGCUUGCGAGAAGCUGGGAUCCUAAUGCCAUGCCAUUCCCCCUGGAAUACUCCCUUGCUUCCUGUCCCAAAACCUGGGACUUCAGAAUAUAGGCCGGUACAAGACCUCAGAGAAGUUAACAAGAGGGUGGAGACAAUUCAUCCUACAGUCCCCAACCCCUACACUCUCCUGAGUGAACUCUCCGAAUUACCGCCUUUACUCUGUCCUGGACUUAAAGGAUGCAUUCUUUGCUUUGCCGAUUGCAAAGGUCAGUCAGCCUAUUUUUGCCUUUGAAUGGACAGACCCAGAUGGAACCUACAACGGACAGUUAACCUGGACUCGACUGCCCCCAAGGGUUUAAAAACUCCCCUACUCUUUUUGAUGAGGCUCUUCCAAGGGAUUUGGUCCCCUACUGGGAGAGCCACCCAGAUGUUAUGCUGUUACAAUAUGUAGAUGACUUGCUCCUAGCCACUGACUCCUGAGAGAACUGCACAAAGGCUAUGGAGGACCUGCUAAAGGAAUUAGAUGUCCUGGGAUAUAAAGUUUCUGCAAAAAAAGGCGCAAAUUUGCUUGGACUCUGUAAUAUACUUGGGCUACCAACUGCAUGAAGGCAAGCGAUCGCUGGGGCCGGAAAGAAUCCAAGCUAUCCUCAACAUUCCUAAACCCACAACUAAAAGGCAGAUCAGGGAGUUCCUAGGGGCCGCUGGGUAUUGCCGCCUCUAGAUACUGGGUUUCGCUGAAAUGGCAAAACCCCUGUACUCUGCUACUGGGGGUGAAGGAACUGAGAUGGUCUGGGGAGAACAAGAAGAUAGCGCUUUUGAGCAAAUCAAGAGCACCCUUACCCAAGCCCCAGCCCUAGCUUUACCUGAUAUUACCAAACCCUUCCAACUAUUUGUACAUGAGAUCCGGGGCAUUGCGAAAAGGGUCCUUACUCAAACUUUGGGCCCCUGGAAACUACCCGUAGCCUACUUGUCCAAGCGGCUGGACUCUGUUGCCACCGGGUGGCCCAGUUGCCUCAGAGCUGUUGCUGCCACUGGUUAAAGAAGCUUCCAAACUAACACUUGGGCAAGACCUUCAGAUCACAGGACCUCACGCAGUAGUGUCCCUGCUGCGCUCCCCACCAGACCGAUGGAUCAACGCACGAAUCCUCCAGGAUCAGGUAUUGCUACCGGACCCUCCACGCAUCGCUUUCCUGAAGACAGAGGCUUUAAAUCCAGCCACGUUGCUGCCUGAUAGCGACUCCGAGGCCCCACGCCACGAUUGCUUAGAAACUGGGAGUACUCUGACGGGAGUGAGGAGGGACUUAAGAGAUCAACCUCUGCCAAAGGUGGCAGCCGUUUUGUCAAAGAUGGACUCAGACACGCAGGUGCAGCUGUAGUGACUCAGGACCAGGUUAUCUGGGCCCAAGCCCUUGAGCAUGACACUUCUGCCCAAAGAGCAGAGCUGAUGGCUCUAGCCCAGGCCCUCAGAUGGGCAAAGGGAAAAAUGGUGAACGUCUUCACGGAUAGCAGGUAGGCCUUCGCCACCGCCCAUGUUCAUGGAGCUCUAUAUAAGGAAAGAGGACCGUUAACAUCAGGAGGGAAGGAAAUUAAAAAUAAAAAAGAAAUCCUGGCCCUACUGGGAGCCUUAUGGCUUCCUAAAAAGGUGGCCAUUGUACAUUGCAAGAGCCACCAAAAGGCAGACUCGCCCCGAGCGAAAGGAAGCGCCUUUGCUGACGCAACGGCAAAGGCCACAGCAGAAAGAGAGGUUCUCUCGACUAAAAUUUUGCCUCUGCUGCCUCCACGCUUUCUCCCCUCGGAACCGUUUUAGACCAAAGAAGAGCUACGCCUGAUAGAAACCUUGAGGGCAAAAAGAGAUGACCACCUCGAGGACGGACGCAUCUUCAUACCAGAAGCUAUAGGACGGACCUGGCUCCCUCAAGUCCACAGCUCCACGCAUCUAGGGGCAACCAAGUUGUCUGAACUAGCCCAAAGAGACUAUUAAUAAAUAGACCUUAAUAAAAUUGUAAAAAGCCUAGGAGACCAAUGCAAAGCCUGUGCUCAGACUAACCCAUCUCCCAAGUUAAAUUUUUCAGGACAGAGACUACAUGGACAGAUGCCUGGAGAAGUAUGGGAACUUGACUUCAUUGAGAUGAAACAUGGACCCUAUGGCUAUCAUUAUCUCCUUGUACUAGUGGACACCUUCUCUGGAUGGGUAGAGGCUUCCCCCACUAGAACAGAGUCCGCUCAGAUAGUGGCUAAGAAAUUACUCAAUGAAUUGGUUCCCCGAUUUGGCAUCCCUAUUGGUCUGGGGUCAGAUAAUGGCCCGGCUUUCAUAGCCCAGAUAUCUAAAAUGUUGGCCAAAAGCUUACAAAUAAAUUGGAAAUUACGUUGUGCCCACCACCCCCAGAGUUCAGGGCAGGUAGAAAGAAUGAAUAGAACUUUAAAAGAAACCUUGACUAAAUUAAUUCCAGAAACUGGCGAAAACUGGGUAGGCCUUCUUCCUUUUGCCCUCCUCAGAGGACGCUGUAUACCUUACAUAAGAGGCAUUCUCCCCUUUGAAAUCCUAUUUGGAAGACUACCUCCCUUGCUUCCAAGAUUGGGAGAUGAACAACGGGUGGAGAUCUCAAACCAACAUCUCCUUAAGUCCUUGCAGGCUCUACAAAGUACACUUCCAGCCAUCCAUAACCUAGUAAAAGAAAGCCGGAAGGAACCACCCUCUGCAGUCGAACCAUCAGACCAAGGACUCGGACCUGGAGAUUGGAUCUGGGUGCAACGUCACACCUCCCCAAAUUUAGAGGCACGCUGGGUUGGGCCCUAUCCGAUCAUCCUGUCCACCCCAUCUGCUGUGACAGUUGCUGGCCGGAGCCACAGGAUGCAUCGCUCUCAAAGCGGCACACCCUGACCACGUUCCUCUACAAUGGACUGUCAAACGGACUGAAAAUCCUUUGGAGGUCUGGCUGGUAAAAGAAUCUGCUGGGUAAUUUUGUUCUUAAUUUCCCUGGCUGGAGGGACAUUUUCUGACCACGCCCCUGCCCAGUACCGUUGGAUAGUUAGCAAAACCACUACGGGACAGGUUUUAGCAAAUUCUACCUCUUACGCUUCCCCUGCCUUGACCUUUAAUCUGUGUCUUCUGUUCCCCAUUGAGUGGAAAUAACAACCAUGAUAUCAAGGUGCUACCGGAGUUUUGCCUUACCAGAGAACCCCAGACUGCCUAAGUUUCAAAGGAGUACAGUUUUAUGCUUGUCCCUCUGAUACGCCCCCCGGCUGUCAAGGACGAGGCCAGUUUCACUGUGCCUCAUGGGGUUGUGAAACCAUAGCUGACUGGGUUACUGAAAAGGAUCAGUUUAUACUGUCUAUAAGAGCAGUGUCUAUGACCAAGAGCCAACGCCUAGUCGCUGUCAUCAUUAAAAAUGGUUUAGAUCCCCGAUGGAAUAGGGGGAGAACAUGGGGAUUGAGAUUAUACGUUUCUGGUCUUGAUCCCGGCACUGAGUUCCCCAUUCAGAGAUUUAGAGUCACCCCUAGAGCGUCCAUUGGGCCCAAUCCUGUAAUUAACCCUCUCCCUGACCCUGGAAAACUGCCCCCCCAGGCCUCUAGCCCGGUCAUCAGCUAAGUCUAUGGCCCAUUCACCCACCACUACUGCCCUUAUGUUGACUUCUUCCCCCGCUAGGAACAAACCUGAAAUAAGAGAGACCGAUACCUUUAAAGCCUUGUACUAUACCUUUAAGUUUUUAAAUGCCACCAACCCUAACAUCACUUGGAAUUGUUGGCUAUGUUUGAAUCCUAGGCCCCCCUACUACAUAGGAAUAGGUGCUCCGGUCCCUUUGGGAAUGAGGGAAGACCAAGUCAGGAAUUUGAGCCAUGGCCAGAUAGAGGGUCAUUGUACCUGGGGGCAGAACCCAAGUCUCACCUUAGGAGAUCUAGAAGGAAUGGGGACUUGUUUCUAUGCUGGAAAUUACCAGAUAAAACGGUCCAGGUAUUUGGCUUAUUGUAACAGCACCAUCUACUUGCCGAAUAAUACUCAUGUGGGGGGUACCCUUUACUUCCUUGUACCGCCCUCUGGGACUUGGUUCGCUUGCUCCUUGGGUUUAACCCCUUGUUUAAACCUCCACCUUAUAAUCAAGAGGUCUGAUUUCUGCAUUCUCGUCCACCUCCUACCCCAGGUCUUCUACUUUUCAGGUGAAGGAGGAAAAGAACACCUCGGUUUCAUUCCCCAGUCUCGAUUUCCGAGGGAACCCAUUUCUCCUAUCCUAGUGCCCCUCUUUGUAGGACUGGGGGUUGCAGGAUCCAUUGGCGUAAGUACUGCCGCUUUCAUCACCGGGGAUCAGAACUUCAAAUUACUAAGCAAACAAAUUGAUCAGGAUAUAUCAGAAUUAGAAAGGAAUAUUGAUAAACUGUCUGAAUCUGUAAACUCUUUAGCAGAGGUGGUACUUCAGAAUCGGAGGGGCUUAGACCUGUUAUUUUUACAACAAGGAGGGCUUUGUAUGGCCCUUGGGGAACAGUGCUGUUUUUAUGUCAAUAAUUCAGGAAUCAUCAAGCAGACCUUGAGUCAGGUCAGACAAUGAUUGGAGGAAAGAGAAAGACAAAGACAAAUUAAUCAAAAUUGGUAUGAGUCUAUAUUUUCCUGGUCCCCUUGGCUAACAACUCUCCUAAGUGCCCUUGCGGGACCCCUUAUCUUUCUCUUUCUAGCUAUAACUAUAGGACCCCGUUUGAUAAAAUUACUACUUCAGUUCAUAAAUCAAAAAAUAGGAUCUAUAAAGCGUAUGGUAUUAUGUAGCCCAUACGUCCCACUAGCUCAUAUGCCAGAAUAAGGCUAUUCAAAGGUUUGAAUAAUUAACAAACAGGAGUGGGGAAUGUAAUAGGUCAACUUAUAUCAGAAAGCUUAUUGUAUAUAAGUUCGGCUUAAACUCCCCUUUCAUGAAUAAUUGAGAUAAAAGCUUAUGUAGUUCCCUAUUAGGGUUAUCGGAAAUUACUAACCGCCCUAUCUCGCUUCUGUAACUUCGCCUGCUUGCUAAAUAGAUAACUUAGGUUGCAAAACGCUCCCCCCACCCCUUCUACCAAGAUCUAGCCUAGUCAAGACCAACAUGUAAAAAGUCAGAACUCACUGCCCCACGGUAUCUUAGGUGUCUAAUUAUGAUUGGUCAUUUUAAAAUCCGUUAGGACAAAGAACUUUAAAUUGAUAGGUUCCCAUCAAGACUAACGUCUGUGUGUCACAGUAUGAUUGGCUACCAUGAAAUGCUGUAAAUUAUAAUUGGUUAACUAAAUAAUGACGUACUCUGACUUGCUAAAAUCCAUAUAAGCUCACUGCUACCUUUGUUUGGGGGCUGUUCUCUGCACUUUUCUCCUUAAGCUCAGGAGAUCAGGUUUGGCCCGGCCAUGAAUAAAACCUUGCCUUGCUUCUA